GCCCCAGCCCCGGCCCCAGCCCCAGCCCCAGCCCCGGCGGCAGUUCCUCCAGGCACGAACCCUGCGCCGACGCCCUGGAGGUGGGGAUGCUCUUGUCCAAAAUCAACUCGCUUGCCCACCUGCGCGCCGCGCCCUGCAACGACCUGCACGCCACCAAACUGGCGCCCGGCAAGGAGAAGGAGCCUCUGGAGUCGCAGUAUCAGGUGGGCCCGCUGUUGGGCAGCGGCGGCUUCGGCUCAGUCUACUCAGGCAUCCGUGUCGCCGACAACUUGCCGGUGGCCAUCAAGCACGUGGAGAAGGACCGGAUUUCCGACUGGGGAGAGCUGCCCAAUGGCACCCGAGUGCCCAUGGAAGUGGUCCUGCUGAAGAAGGUGAGCUCGGGCUUCUCCGGCGUCAUUAGACUCCUGGACUGGUUCGAGAGGCCGGACAGUUUCGUCCUGAUCCUGGAGAGGCCCGAGCCGGUGCAAGACCUCUUCGACUUUAUCACGGAGAGGGGGGCCCUGCAGGAAGAGCUGGCCCGCAGCUUCUUCUGGCAGGUGCUGGAGGCCGUGCAGCACUGCCACAACUGCGGGGUGCUCCACCGCGACAUCAAGGACGAGAACAUCCUCAUCGACCUCAAUCGCGGCGAGCUCAAGCUCAUCGACUUCGGGUCGGGGGCGCUGCUCAAGGACACUGUCUACACGGACUUCGAUGGGACUCGAGUGUAUAGUCCUCCAGAGUGGAUCCGCUACCAUCGCUACCACGGCAGGUCGGCGGCUGUCUGGUCCCUGGGGAUCCUGCUGUAUGAUAUGGUCUGUGGAGACAUUCCCUUUGAGCACGAUGAGGAGAUCAUCAGGGGCCAAGUUUUCUUCAGGCAGAGGGUCUCUUCAGAGUGUCAGCAUCUCAUUAAAUGGUGCUUGGCCCUGAGACCAUCAGAUCGGCCAUCCUUCGAAGAAAUCCAGAACCACCCGUGGAUGCAAGAUGUCCUCCUGCCCCAGGAAACUGCUGAGAUCCAUCUCCACAGCCUGUCACCAGAGCCCAACAAAUAGCAGCUUUUCUGGCAGGUCAUCCCCUCCCUGUCAAAUGCCCAAGGGAGGGGAAGCUUCCAUCUCCAGCAUCCUAAGUACCAGUGACACUUCUCACCAAGCAGGACAGUGCUUGAUACAGGAACAACAUUUACAACUCAUUCCAGACCCCAGGCCCCUGGAGGCUGCCUCCCAAAGGGUGGGAGGGUGAGGGAGGGAGAGACUCCACUCCAGGCGUCCUAGGCCUCAACUCCCAUAGCCGCUCUUCUCAUAGGUGUCCAGCAUGGCUGGGCUUCUGCAAGAUCCCUGGGGGUGGGGGGUGGGGGGUGGGUGAGGACCCUGCCAUGGAACUGUUCCCUUCAUCACGAGUUCUGCUGAAUGCCGCGACGGGUCGGGUAGGGGGGAAACAGGUUGGGAUGGGAUAUAGGACUAGCACCAUUUUAAGUCCCUGUCACCUCUUCCGACUCUUCUGAGUGCCUUCUGUGGGGACUCCGGCUGUGCUGGGAGAAAUACUUGAACUUGCCUCUUUUACCUGCUGCUUCUCCAAAAAUCUGCCUGGGUUUGGUUCCCUAUUUUUCUUUCCCCCCACCCACCCCCCUUCAUAUGAAAGGUGCCAUGGAAGAGGCUACAGGGCCAAAAUGCUGAGCCACCUGCCCUUUUUUCUGCCUCCUUUAGUAAAAUUCCGAGUAAACUGGUCUUCCUUUUUUGGUUUUUUACUUAACUAUUUCAAAGCCAAGACCUCACACAUACACACACAAAAUGCACAAACAAUGCAAAUCAACAGAAAACCUGUAAAUGUGUGUACAGUUGGCAUGGUAGUGUACAAAGGAUUGUAGUUGAUCUUUUUUUUUUUUUCUUUCCCUUAAAUUUUGCCUUUAAGUUAUUGCCUGUUUUUUUUCUCCACCCCCCCCCUUUUUGGAAAGAUGUGCAUUCUAACCUGGAGGUCAACGUUAUGUAUUUAUUUAUUUAUUUAUUUGGUUCCCUUCCCCCUGCUCUGAGCUUCCAAGGUUGCUGCCCUAGUUUUCUUUCCUCUUUUCCUGUUCUGACUUGGGGACCUUUUGGGGAGGGCUGCGACGCUUGCCUCUGUUCGUGGGGUGACGGGACUCAGGCAGGACAGCUGCUGCAGCUCCCUGACCGCCAUGGGGCCCCCUCACCCACUUACCCAAGUGGGUCUGGGUUCUGUGGGUGAUGGGGAGGGGGCGUUGCUGACUUGUGUAUAUAGCAUAGAUAUAUGUAAAGCAGUUCUGGAUGGUGUGCCUUCCGGAUCCUCUCUGGGGCUGUGUUUUGAGCAGCAUGUAGCCUGCUGGUUUUAUCUGAGUGAAAUACUGUACAGGGGAAUAAAAGAGAUCUUAUUAUUUUUUUUUUUUUAUACUUGGCGUUUUUUGAAUAAAAAUCUUUUGUCUUAA